ACUUUCUCCAUAUAUACCACUCCACAAGUCUACAUAUAUGCCAUCAAACUUCCUCUUAUUCUUCACCCAAAACAAACUCAAUAUUCUCUUCUUUAAUUUCACUCUCAACUCUCAAAAAGCUUAAGUAAACAAAAAAAGAGAAAUAAACAUGAGAACGAUGGUUGAUCUAGGAAAGCAAAGAGAUCAUCAUCAUCAUCAUCAUCAUCAUCAUCACAUGCAAAUCAUAACCACUCCGACCACCGUCGAUUGCGCUCGUGAAUUCCGUCUCCGACGAACUCUCCGUUCACUCAUAGAAUGCAUGCUCCCAUACUGUUGCACUUACCAACAACCAACAACUUCAUACCAAAACGAUACCGUUUCAGUCUCUUCCACCACUUCCUCAUCUUCCUCCUCAGACCACUCCUCCUCUCAUAGUAACAGCAUCGUAAGCGGAACCUUCUUCGGGCACCGUCGUGGCCGAGUAAGUUUCUGCCUUCAAGACGCCACCGUGGGAUCUCCGCCGCUUCUCCUACUCGAGCUAGCUGUUCCCACGGCGGCUUUGGCCAAGGAAAUGGACCAGGCAGGUGUUCUACGCAUAGCCCUCGAGUGUGACCGUCGUCGGAGCAGUAGCAACAGUCGUUCUUCGUCGAUCUUUGAUGUUCCGGUGUGGUCGAUGUAUUGCAACGGAAGGAAAAUGGGAUUCGCCGUGAGGAGAAAGGUGACGGAGAACGACGCCGUUUUCUUGAGGAUGAUGCAGUCUGUCUCAGUCGGAGCUGGAGUUGUGCCGUUGGAUGAGGAGGAGCAGACUCUUUAUUUGAGGGCCAGGUUCGAGCGAGUCACUGGCUCUAGUGACUCGGAAUCUUUUCAUAUGAUGAAUCCGGGUGGUAGUUAUGGACAAGAGCUUAGUAUAUUUCUCUUGAGAUCGUGAAAGUAUGGUGUGGUUAUACUAUUUUAAUAAGAUUCUUGUCAUUUUUCGUGUUUUUUUUUUGGGGGUUCAUGUACAUUGUAAAGUAAAACUACCAAAAGAGUAAUAUGUAUAUGCAAUUUA